AUGCCUCCCAUUCCCUCCUCUACUCCCCCCGUCGGUAUGCCCAUGAUGCCACCCCAUCCGACGCCGCCACCGGCUGCUGGUACAGGCCUCUAUCCGCAACCCGCCUAUGGAGGUGUGUCAACUCGUCUUCUCAGUCUUCACUCCUCUUCGCAGUCGCACUGUCUGUCUGUCGGAACCAAACAGACUCUCGUGUUUUUUUUUCGCUGCCACUGAUAGAUGGUUUCUUUUCUCUUAAACGAAUUGCGGUUUGUGCGGCCGUUUUUUAGGAGUCUAGAAAGAGGAAAGAGGAUUGUUUUCCCUUGGGGCAGUUGGUCGCACAUAGGGACCAUUUAAGCGGAGAUCCACGUCAGAGUGUCCUAAAAUCCCAAAAUCCCUUGGGGUGAUUUUAAUUGAAGAUUCCAUGCUUGAGUGGAUGUCCCCAAUAGUGGUAUCUUGGUAACGGUCCGUCACCGUUUGUAUGUGUUUACUUUCACGUGAGCAAGCCUAUUUAAAUAAACUUCGACCAUCUUGCCAAGAAGAUGAGCGCGCGAGCACUGGUACAAUCUCUGAUGAUGGCUUCCUGUACGAGACCGAAAGCACAGGCUAAUACACGUACUGCCCCAUUGGUUGCGCGUCCGUCUUCUCUGCAACAAGAACCUGGGACCCGCAUAUUUGACCAUCUUAUUCAUAAAACGAGGUCCCAACGUUCUCUCGACACGAGGCGUUCAGUGGAAGAGAUUUGACGUUGCAAGUAAUGAUUUCGUCUACCACCCUUCAUAGACUGGAGAGUUUCGCUCACUGCUCACACUAUUUGGCACAUUUUUCUUUAUGUGUUGACCGCCAGUGCCGACUGUGGGGCUCCAUCUGCCCCCUCCCCCCCCCUCAUCCCAUCUUUAGCUGUCCACCCGUCCUCGCCAACCGUGGUGACCCCGAUGGGCUAAGUGGUUGUUUGAAGUCAGGAUCCAGAACCGUUGAUUAUAGAGGCAUUUUCAGCUUCUGGUUUAUUUUGACAGUUUUCCCGGCGUCCUUCGAGCACUGCCUGUUCCCCCACGCCGUCUGUAUGGCUGACCAAUCACGACUCCCUUCUGGGUCAGUUGACUAUGAAUAUUGCUCAGCGGGUAGUUUAACCGACUGAUGUCUACUCCUUUCUGCUCAUCCUGGUCGCGGGCGAGUGACUAGAUCCUGUGGUCGAAACCGGGCCGAUCGCGACAAAUGAUCCCGUCCCCCCCCACUCUCUCUCCCCAGGCAUUUACUGUUGUACAGUCCACUCGCCACUCAAUCUGUCCUCUGCUAUUAGGCUCUCCCACUGAAUGGCGCUCCAUCAUUAUCUUCAGCACCUCGCUGACGUGUGCAUCCAUGCAGACCACUUGAUUGAGCUUCCGACCGGCCCGUUUUAAAUGAAGGCUGUCCCCUCAGUCCUUUUUUUUUUUUCUAGAAUUCCGACUUGGGACAAUCAUCGACCCAGGGAAACUGGGCGAUAGAUCCAAUAAUCAGAGUAAAUUUGCGGUAAUGCAAAAGAUUUGUGUCACUUCGUUAGCAUUUAGUUCUGAUAAACGGCUGAUGCAGUUAACCAGUGGCCUUCUUAACUGAGGAAAAUUCUCUUCGUGCAGUCGUUUCGCCAGAACAGAAAUGCAGCUGAGAAGGUGACUUGGCGCAGUAACUGUCGAUACAAACGAAACUAUAAGGCCGACCGGAGCUCGUCUCACUCAUAGUCAAGGUGUUGAUUCCAAGCACUCCUAUGUGGGUUUCGAGUGUCAACUUUAAACUCUUAUUAUGAGGAGUUUGACGGGCAAGCCCAUCGAAACUCCUGGUUCAAUCAUCGUGCCGUUAGACCUCGGUUCGCAUCCUAAUGGCAUGUCUCUCCGGUUUAAGUGGGGGGAGGGGGGGGGGUGGGAAUUGUGCUUACAGAUGACUGACUGAGGAAGUACACCAGAAAUGAGCAUUUGUCUUAUCUCACCUAGUUCAGUGAUUGUGCCGUUUCGCAUCCUAACUUUACGUCUCUCCGGUUUAGGUGGGGUGGGGGGAGUGGGCGGGGAGUUGUACUUGUAGAUGGCCGGCUAACGAAGUACACCAGAAAUGAGCAUUUGUCUUAUCUAACCUUCUUCCCCCCUCUCCCCUCCCCCUAGCUGUGCCCACAGAAGACCCUGUCCUGCUCUCGCUUCGAUCUGCGGUUGCGGAGAAACUGCAUCGGCAACAACAGAAACUGGUUCAACGGCUCACCUGUGAAAUUGAAGCCCUGGAGGCCACUGACCGGGAUUUGAACGCCGGCCGUGAAAAGCUGGACAUAUAUCGGGCCCAAAUGGCCAGCGAGCUGGUCAGUCCAUUUGUCCUUCCUGUUUCUCUCUCCCUCUCUCGUGUCUGUGUGAUCACAAGGAUAUCGCGGGGUCUAGGAUAUUAGUCACACCACCCCUGGUAAUUGUAGCCGAUCAGGACCGAUGCAGCGUAAGCCAUGGGUCGGCUGGCUCAGAAAAUCACUCCUCCCGUGUCCAAAUCUCGGCGUUUCUUGGACUACGAUUUGGACAUGGCUGGCUGGCGAUGGUAGCGGGGCGAGAAACGGUCAUCCCUGUUUGAGCGCAUUUGCGGAAUUCUUGACGGUUGGCUGAGUUUGUGUUCUGUGUACACGCACUGCAGGUCUGCACACCCCCCUAAAGCGAACCAUGUCUGCCCACUUGUGCAGUUCUGAACCAGUUAGGCUCGAGUGACGCCAACCGAUGUAAAAUGAGCGUUCCGUCUUACUCCAGUCUAAGACCUUAGCGGGCGAUCGUACAGAGGUUGAACAGUCAGUAAUACUGACCGGCCGACAACGGUCAAGUGUGUUGGGUGAGGCCUUCUUGUUUUCCGGCGGGCAAGGCUCUAUAUGUCGUAAACCGACCUACUUUGUUACACGGUACCCAGCCACACCUGAAGGCAAUACCACUGUCCUGUGUAUCUGCUUAUUUUGCAACUAGCUUUCAGUAAAGGUCAUUCCGCCAUGUGCUAUCGCUUGACACACGCUGGGUUGUCGUCAGAUAUACCAACAAACAGACCACGCCUCGUGUUGUGAUUCAUGUCUUUCCGGGCCACAGUAAGUCAUGCAUGUGAAUAGGAACAUAUUUACUCACGGUUCUCCAUAUGAAGUUUCUGAUUGGCAGUCGCCUGGCUUAUAGCUAUCGGAUUAAGUCGUCCGGUGACGUAAAUCCAUUUAGACCUGUGACUUCCGAUUGAUGUUCCUGAUAUUGACCAUGUUCGUUGUCACUUCACAGACCCAAGUGAAACAGGUCACAUCAGAACUGGAGAAGAAGACCCAGGAGCUUCGAGAUGCCUAUCACAAACUGAAGAAGGAGGAGGAGGAUGGACAGAUGAACUUUGACGACGUCGUAAGCGCGACAGCGCCAGUCUAUCGACAGUAAGUUGAUGCAUUUGUUCAGAUUUUCCUAACUCUGUCUGCCGUAACGCAAAUCCCCAUUAUAAUGCCACCACAGAACUGCCGUCACUCCAUCUCAAGAGCUCGUCGUUCAGCAUCCGCAUCUAACGACCUCUUUCAGAAGGUGCCAGAACAUUAUCUUUGCGGAAAUCAUUCGACAGGGGCUCGGGCAGGUGGAAAAACAUGUUGGCGGAAGGAUUGGGUGAAGAACACGUGCCUAUGCCUCGGCCAGUUCUUAGAAACCGGCUAGCCGACAAUACUUAGCGUCGAUUAAAACGAACAGGCGAGGUCCCGGAAGCAGAUCAAAAGAAGUCAAAGAUGCCAUCACUGGGCCAAGAAGUUUGCUGAUCUGGCGUUUCGGACUCUCACUCGGACUCAUCAGCAGGGACAGUCGCAGAUAAGGCUAGUGGAGGCACAAGGAGUGCAGCAGGUGUAGUGUGUAGCUGCCGUGGGACCAUAUGUAUACGCAAACGACACCAGAGACCAAAUCUAGUUGGUCGUAAAUCAAGGCGAGCUCUUCCGUAAGUGAAGGUCUCGGAAGCCGCCAGUCGCCUUCCUACUCCACUUGGGGUUGCACACAGGCCAGAGGCACCAGGUCAUGAGGUCGAAAAACCCACUGCCGCGGCAGGAAACGUCUGGAGUCGUUUGCCGGAUCUGAUGCAGUUGCGGACAGAGCCACUACUUUGGAGAAAUUGGGAGAUUAUUCUGGACGCGAAUGGCCGAGCAGGCGGCAACAGUGAGCAGGAAAGAAGUUAGCUAUUGGCUGGCAGCUCAGUGAGCGGAACCAGGUCAAGUUUUAAGAGGCUGAAAUCCUCGCACGAGGUUCAACCGCGUGAGGCGCGAACUGCUCGUGUCAUGGUUCUCAGGCCCGCAAUUACUCAACAAACGACUUGACCUCUCGUUACUGUGUACGAUGCUAAGACUUUCUUUGGAGAGGGAAACCAGUCACGUGGAAAGGGCGCGAUGAGUAACAAUUCCAGUGACAGCAAGUCAAAUUGCCGACUCAUCAUUGCGCCGAAACCCAGCACAGAUGAUGAAAUCGCGGUAGUUAACGCCUCGGACGCAGGCUGACAAGCCAUCAUCGCAUCAAUCAUGAACCGACGCUGAUGGCCAAAGCUGUUAAUUAUAGUACGAAUGUGGUCCCACAUGGGCAACGUACUAUAAUUACUGCACUCCUUGUGCCUUCGCUAACCCUAUCUCGAACUGGCCCUGGUGGUGGAGUUAGAGUGAGGAUCCGAAACGUCAGACCGGUAAACUUCUUGUUCCAGUGAUCGCACCUUCUUCUUCUGAAAUACUUAUCGUCUCACUCAGGAAUGUUGGAGCGCCUAUGACCCGCCUGCUAAACCCCAGUAGUGAACCAGCUGCGCCAUCCCUGUGCGCAUGCGUGUGUUCCCGGCCUCAGUUCUGUAUCAAUCUACCCCUCGCAGACUCUGUCACCUCUCCCGCUCUGUUAUCAUAGCUCGGCCGACUUCGGCCUGUUAGGAGGUUGCCUGUUCGUGACCCCUAUCAUCCAUACGAAGUUUGUUUGCUUUGGGAAGCCAAUGGAUCGGUGUGCGCCCAUUCCUGAGUGAAUAAAUACCCGAUCUGCAGCGACAGAGAAUGGCAGAUGACGAGGCACUGAUGAACUUCGGUUCGAUGAAGUGCUUAUGACCCAUCUGGUAGACCCCAGUGGUGGACCAGCUGCGCCAGGUGCGUCUGAGCGCAUGUUUGUGUUUCCGGUACCAGCUGGUGGUCAGGGUUAUGAUUGGCUGAAUGAAGGCACAAUAAGCCCGAAACAGUACUGUAUCACUCAACCCGCAUUCUCUGUCGUCCCUCCUCGCUGCUAUUAUGACUUGGCCGACUUCGGCCUGGUAGGUGGUUGCCUGUUCGUGACCCCUAUCGCCCAUACGAAGCUUGUUUGCUUCGGGAAGCCAAUGGAUCGGUGUGCGCCCAUUCCUGAUUGAAUAAAUACCCGAUCUUCAGCGACAGAAAAUGGCAAGUAGCGAGGCAUCGAUGAACCUCGGUUCGAUUAAGUGCUUAUGACCCAUCUGGUUCGCACACCUGCCUCCAACACCAUCACUGAGGGGGGGAGGGGGGUUACGAGCUCGUGGGGCAAAAUGCAUGUCAACUCGAUCUCCCCUACCUCACGCGUGCGCGGUUUGCCGUGAUUGCAUCGCACCAUACAGACUCCCCCAUCGUUGCCUACCUUCUAAGUGGCCAUCCUCGCUGCUGAUUUUACAUCCAAGCACCUUGCAUGACCUUUCGCGGUCAGAUAGCGUUCCCCAAUACGCCCGUUGGUUCCUUUUCGGACCAAGGACUACGGGAGAGGUAGUAUGUCAUUACCGACAAGGACAAGGGAGACUGGAGUGGCCAUUUCUGGCUUAUUAGCCGUCGUCAGCCAGUCAUACCCAACCCCGAAAUGUGGAACACCUGGGACUCGAACUCGCAACCUGUUAGUUAGAAGUCCACGCUUCUAACCACUGGGCCACGAGCCCGUUGCCCUGUCGAUUUCGAUCGGGAAUAUACAAUGGUAGGGGGCGCUCACCGAUUGUUCUUACGGAGCUCACUCGUUACGGGAGGCGGGCGGCGGGGGUUACGAGCUCGUGGGGCAAAAUGCAUGUCAACUCGAUUUCCUUUACCUCACGCGUGCGCGGUUUGCCGUGAUUGCAUCGCAUCGUAGAGACUGCCCCAUUGUUGCCUUCCUUCGAAGUAGCCAUCUCCGCUGCUGAUUUUGCACCCAAGCACACUUGUAUGACCUUUCGCGGCCAGAUAACGUUCCGCAAUACGCCCGUUGGUUCCUUUUCGGGUCAUUGACUACGAGAGAGUUCUUACCUGGCUAGUGGGCAAGUCUAAGUACAACCGAUUGACGGGAUUCUUUGCAUUGUGGGCUUGAAACUCUCGCAGACAGGGUUGUAUCCAGCUGAAAGGUGAUUGUGCUUGAUACCCCUUCACACUUCAUCUACCUCCUAAGUUAGGUCUUAGGUUGAACACUGGGCAGCCAAGGUCGAGUUCACAACGUCAAAGCCUUAGGAAGCUAGCGAUACCCUGUGAUUGAAUUCAGGUCAGAGUCCCACUUCGCACGUCAGUCACCGGCGCAUUCCCUGACAGUCUCAGUCCCUCGUCUGUUUCAGAUUUCUUGUCUGUAUAAACCGAGAAUAAGAUCGUAGUUUGGGUGAUUUGUGGAGUGCGCUAGUCGUCGGUAUUAAGCUGUAUUCGAGGGUGUCUAAUGAGCCCUUUCCUGCCCUUAGUCCGUGUCGGCAGGGAAGGGAUGUUGACCCUUUCGACAGGGCACUAUCGCUAUGGGUUCUGCAUGUCCUGAGGGAAGUCAGCAGUGGCGUUGUGACGACGACGAAUUAAUAUGAUUGGCAGUCAGGAGCUACCACGGCGUCCGCAACGCCGUCCACUUUGAAGCCACAGACACUGUUACUGGGUGAGAGCUAACUAACGGUAUAACUCGGUCCUUCUCUCCGGUCUCAGGGUCAGGAAGUAAUGGUCGCUUCCUAAUGUGGCACUCACUGAUGUGCAAUCGCAGCCGCCCUCACAGUAGUCUGCUACUGUGCAGUGGAAAUCGCGUCAGCUUGCUCAUCUUCCUCCUGUCUGACCAGGGUGGAUUAAGGGAGGACAGAGUGCGAUAGAUGCUGCCCAAGUCGGGGACAGCCGCGCCCACUCCGUAGGGCGCUCGGUGGACGUUGUCGCUCGCCACGGUUAAGCUGUCGGAUCCGUCCCACCUCCUCGCCCUUGCAACCACUGCAGCUGAUCAAGGAAUGUGAAACCGAAAGACCCACUGGCACGACAAGAAACGUCUGGAGUCGACCAUCGGACAAAGCAACUACGUCGGAGAAACCGGAAGACAGCUCCGAACGCGAAUGACCGAACACGCUGCAGCGGUGCGGAGAAAUGAUGCUAACUCUCAAGUUGCGGCUCAUGCGACGAGAUCCGGCCACACGUUCAAAUUCAACGAGGCCGAAAUACUCGCAAGAGGUGACAAACCCGUGAGUCGGGAGCUGUUUGAGUCAUGGUUUACUGGCCCCCAGUCCAUUAACAAGUGCAAUGAUCUUCCCAUGCCAUACUCGGUUCUGCGACUUCGCCUAGGCGGAGUAAUUGGCCACCCGGGGGGGCGCACAGGUGAACACCUGUCCCAACACCAGGGUCGGUUUGUCAGAUGGUUGAGCAAUCAUCACACCAACAUCCAACGCACAUGAUGAAAUUGCAGCAAUUAACGAUGCGAAUGUCGGCCAUCACACCACGUGCAACGAUCCCUGAGGAAGGGGGGAGCCGUGAAUAUUCAUAGGUAUGUGGUAGCAUGGCUACUGAAUCCUAUAACUACUCCAGCCCCUUGUGCAUGAACCACCCGUGUCUGCUUUGUUUCUGAUGAUGGGUUCGAGCAGGAAUUCGUGACGUUAGGCUAAUAAAGCUCUUGUCCCAGUGAUCGUGUCACCUUCUUCAAUGUGUUCUUUGCCGACAGACUUUAUCAGUACAGUUUUACUUCAUUGUCUUUCUCUCUCCAGACUUGUAGACGCCUUCGCCGAGGAGCAGGCAAUUGACGAUGUUAUCUACUACCUCGGCCAGGCAUUGCACCAAAAAGUCCUUGACUUGGAUGUUUUCUUGAAGGUCAGUUGUCAGCCUCGCAGUUUUUUAAAUCGCCAUGCACUUUCUACCUCCAGCCGACUUCUUCUAAGCUCCGUAUCAAGGCUCUGUGUCUAUGGCCUCGCCUGAAUUCAUAAUGCGGUGCCUUCUGUGAGCGCCACUUAACGUAAAAAACUCGUGACUUGCAUGACAGCAUUAUUCUAAGUUUACUUAGUACACACCGACUUACGACUGAGCAUCGGAAAACAUUGAACUUUAUAAUAACUCUCUGUCUGCCGGAGAAAUGCCCGCAGUCUAUUCCUCGUCCUCAUUUUUAGGAUACUGGGGUUUAUCGAAAAUUAUGUCUUAAAUAUGGGCUCUUUUCUGGUUUUUUUGAAACUCCCACUGCAGAUUUUGCAGAUCGUAAUAUGAUGCGUCGUUUAGUUUACUACUCUUAGGUUUCUUACGCAUAAGCACGCUACUUACUAUCUAAUGUAACUUUUAACGAACGUCCGUAGACCUCUUUAUUUGAAAAUAAAUCAGUUUCCGAAUUACUUUUGGGGGUACAGUCAGUGACCGAUCUCAUGAAAUGUUGGCCGAAAUUCUGAAAUGCGUAUUCGAGUAGGAAGGAUUAUUUAAGUGGCGUUGUAACAUUGAUUAUCUUGCGGCAUAAUAUCGUAAUAUUUCAAACGCCAGGAUGUUGGCUUUUAAAAGCGCUUCUUUUCCUCCGCCUGCAAUGACUGCACUCAGCAAAAAGUACUACUUAAUUACUAUGCAUGUUAUAGUGAAUGACCUUAUAAAUGCUAAUAUAUUUUGUUGAAGGCGUGCAUAAAAAUAUUCCUUCUUGCACUUAUUUGGUAGCAAAUCACGUCUUCUUGGAAUUUUAUGCUCGAUAAAGGGUAUCUUUCGGUUUUUUUAGAAGUUUCUAAUGAGAUUUUUAGGGUUGUGAAAUGUCCAUUCAAGUAGCCUCGUAUUUGUCUGUAUACUAAUGCUGCUAGUCAAGUAUACAGCAUAAUCUACAUGCGUUACAGAAUUUUAUGAACGCUGUGCGGUUUCUACUUAAUAACAUGCCUGCUUUUCCUUACACGGAAAGUAUAAAACCAGUAGACUGAAAACCCUAGACUCAUGCGACGGCAGAUCGAGCUCUAACUCCUUCUGGAAUUUAAAAACCUUUUUAAAACCGAGCCGUAUCCUUUUUGCGGGUAAAAAAACUUAAGGGAAACGCGGUAUGCUACCAAAUGAAAGGAUAUUUUAAUUAUCGGAAAGUAGUGGAGAUAUGCAUACUACUUAAGUAGCCACUUUAUAUCAAGUGCGCUAAUUGCGGGCGGCCAGUAGGGAGUGCAUUUGAGGGCCAAAAUCCUGGCGUGUCCGGGACGAUAGAGCAUUAUGCUACAAAACAAUCAAUAUUACAACCCCACUUUAGUAAUCCUUCCUAAUCGAGUACGCAUUUCAGAAUUCCGACUACCAUCUCAUGAGAUCGGCUGUCGCCUGUACUGGGAAGGAGCGAAAACGCGUCUUGUCUUUCAAAAUAUGCUGGAAUUCUUCCAUUCCUCAAGUUAACUAUUUGAAGGAGACUUUAUUUCCGAUCAAAUGUCCAUGAAUGUCUUUUUUUGUAAAAUGUGAUAGAAUUCACCCAGACAGGAAAUAAAUGAAACAGAACGACUGUCCGUUCCCAGAUGUCGCUUGAAUAUGCGAUUAGGGUUUUUGUUUCUGACUUACCGGUCGCCGCUAGCCGGCCGUACCCAACCCCAGGGUUUGGAACACCUGGGGCUCGAUCUCGCGAUCUGCCAGUUAGAAGUCCGACCCCUCCAACCACUGUGCCACGGGCUCAUUGUCCUGUCAGUUGCGUUCGGGUAGAGGGGCGUUCACUACUCACGUCACGGAAUCUACCCGUCCUUUUGUGCUUAGGCGCUCAAUCGGGGAAUGCUAAACUCAACUCUCAGUGUCCAAAGAAUCCGACCUCAGAUUUCAGGUUCUGCGAGUCUGUGAUGGCUGCUCAGUCAUCCUCGUCCUUCUAACUCCUGUUGGGGUGUUGGUGUUGUUGUUGGUGAAAAAUCGUGAUCAGGUGUGUGUUGUUGACUUGGGGAUGUGGUGACACGCCUAGGUGCGGCCCCGGCCGUGCCAGCCACCUACACCAUCCCCCGCCUCCGGUCUUCUUGACUAUGUCUUGACACCGGGUCCAGGUGGGUGAUGGGAGAGAGUGCGGCAGAUGCUGUGCAAGUCGCCGCACCUGCUGCACCUUGCUGUGUAGCACGCGGUGGACCUCGUUGGAAUCGACGGUCGAACUGUCAGAUGUGUUCAGCUAAAAGCGCACCCGUUACCGCGCGUGCAUUGAGAUUAUGUCCCAUGUCAGUGGAUUCUGCAAUUCCGCCAAACGCAAUGGUUUCAAUUCGAAACCUUGUUGAAGAAUCCACCUGAAUGUUUUACGAGUCUCCGCCCUACGCCAUCUAGUCGCUUUCUCCCAACUCCUAUAAGCGGUUUACCGUGAUUUCCUGUUGUCUCUCAAAUACAGUAGUCGCAGAGUAAAUUAUAUAUUUCUCUUUUAUCCCAUGCGCCGCUAUGUUCCCUCUCUUUUCUUCAUCUUUUCCAGACUGUUCGCGCCCAAUCGCGCAGGCAAUUCAUGCUCAGGGCCACCGUCUUGGAGUGUCGAAAGGCAGCCGGACUUCCGCCAGUAUAG